GCACCCUUUUUUACGGGGCAAAUAGUGAAGUGGAAAGAUAUCCCGUCCGUGUACUGUGUAGCUUGUAAUGGUAACUACAAGAUGAAGCCAAGCUAAGCUCUCAUCCCUCUUGCACUUGCACAUGACACCCAAAAGCUUUCCCAGACUGAAAUGUGAAAACCCUCAAAGCCCCCCCACGAAAAUACUUCCCUAUCUUCCUCUGCUCCAACAGAAACUACUCUGCGCGCUCCCGAUUCUGUGCAGCAGCAGCAGCACCCGCCCUCUAUACCAUCAUCAUCUCUGGUCAGUUAAUCCUUUCCCACUAAUCCUUCAGCUUUCGACUUUCGAAUGCUAUGUAUGAAUAUUGAACAUUGACACCAAACCCAAUGGCCACAACUCAAUUUGCAAACUUAUGGUUUUUAAUAUGAUUGUCACUUCCAAGUUCCAAAACCCUCAAAGAGAAAAAAGAAUAUAUACAUGAUUAUCGUACAGCGGUGACCAGAGUCCCAGACCAAUAGUCAGAUAAUACAUUAGUUCAAUGGAUAUUCAUCCUCCAAAUCUUGCAAUUGAGUUUGAUGACGACACUACUGCCCUUGACUUGGAACACCCACUACCUUUUGAUCAUUACGAUCCCGCCUUGGCCCAACCUCUUUCCACCCUGGGGGAUCCCAAUCUCGAGCCAUAUGAGGGUAUGGAAUUUGAUUCUGAACAGGCAGCUCGCAUUUUCUACAAUUCGUAUGCCCGCCGCAUUGGUUUUAGCACUCGGGUUAGUGUUUACCAGCGCUCACGUCGUGAUGGCUCCAUCAUAUGCCGCCAAAUUGUCUGCUCCCGGGAGGGCUUUCGUAGAGAUGCCGGUCAGAAUAGCUCCAAGCGCCAGCGUACCAUCACUAGAGUUGGUUGUAAGGCACAAAUCACUGUCAAGAAGCAGACUUCUGGAAAGUGGGCUGUCUCUAAACUUGUUAAAGACCAUAACCAUGAGCUUGUGCCACCAGAUAAGGUGCAUUGCCUUCGUUCUCACAGGCAUGUCUCUGGUCCUGCUCGCAGCCUCAUUGAUACACUUCAAGCCGCUGGGAUGGGCCCAAGUGGAGUGAUGUCUGUGUUGAUUAAGGAAUCAGGUGGAGUUAAUAACGUUGGUUUUACUAAAGUUGAUUGCCAGAAUUAUAUGAGUAGUAGUCGACAGAGAACACUUGGGAGUGGGGGUCAGGUUGUUUUCGACUACUUGAAGCAAAUGCAAACUGAGGAUCCUGCUUUCUUUUAUGCUGUCCAAGGUGAUUUUGGUAACUCCACAGGAAACAUCUUCUGGGCUGAUGCUCAUUCUAGAAUGAAUUAUAAUCACUUUGGGGACACUGUUGCAUUUGAUACAACUUAUAGAACAAACCGAUAUCGUGUUCCUUUUGCCCCAUUUACUGGGUGGAAUCAUCAUGGACAACCUGUGUUGUUUGGAUGUGCUUUGCUUCUCAAUGAGUCAGAGUCCUCUUUUGUUUGGUUAUUCCAGACUUGGCUAGCUGCAAUGUCAGGCCGCCAUCCUAUUUCAAUCACGACAGACCAGGAUAGGAUAAUACGAGCAGCUGUUGCACAAGUUUUCCAGGGGACCCGCCACCGAUUUUGUAAAUGGAAUGUGUUUAGGGAAGCUCAGGAGAAGCUUUCUGAUGUAUAUCACUCACACCCGACUUUUGAAGCAGAGAUUCAAAGAUGCAUCAAUGUAACAGAGACAGUUGAUGAGUUUGAGUCAUGUUGGGAGUCCCUUCUUCUAAGGUACAGUCUUGGAGAUAAUGAAUGGCUUCAGUCAAUGUACAACACUCGACAGCAUUGGGUACCAGUUUAUCUUCGGGACACAUUCUUUGGGGAGAUGUCCAUAAAUCAAGGAAGUGAUAGUAUAAACUCUUAUUUUGAUGGUUAUAUAAAUGCGUCAACUAAUGCCCAGGUUCUGAUUAAGCAAUAUGAAAAAGCAGUUGCAAAUCGAUAUGAAAAGGAAGUAAAGGCAGAUUAUGAUACAUUAAAUAUAGCACCAGCUUUAAAAACUCCGUCUCCUAUGGAAAAACAAGCAGCCAACCUUUACACAAGGAAGAUCUUUAUGAAAUUCCAGGAGGAAUUAGUUGAGACUCUUGCUUACCCUGCAACUGCAAUUGAUGACUCAGGAUUAGAAGUAACGUAUCGGGUGGCGAAAUUUGGAGAAGACCAUCAAGCACAUUUUGUGAAGUUCAAUGUUUUCGGAAAGAAAGCUAGUUGUAGCUGCCAAAUGUUUGAAUUUUCAGGCAUUAUUUGCAAGCAUGUAUUAGCAGUUUUCAGGGUAACAAAUGUUCUGACAUUGCCAUCUCAUUAUAUCUUAAAACGGUGGACAAGAAAUGCAAAAAGUGGGGCUGCAGUGGAUGGUUGCACUGUGGAAUUGCCAAGUAAUAUUCAGGAGUCCUAUGCUGCUCGUUAUGACAAUCUAUGCCAUGAAGCUAUUAAAUUUGUGAGAGAAGGGACAGGAUCAAUACAUACUUUUAAUGUCGCAAUGGAUGCACUUCAUGAGGCUGCAAAGAAGGUUGUUGCUGCAAAGAAGAAUGAUUCUGCAGUCAUAAAAAAUUCUCCUUUUAAUUCUGGCCAGCAGCUUCAGUCUGGCUCUGAGAACCAGGAGAAGAAAAUCCAGGAACUAAGUGUGGAGUUGGAAGACGCAAGUCGACGGUGUGAAGGCUAUCGAGCAAAACUGGCAGCUGUUUUGAAAGAUAUGGAAGAACAGAAGCUAAAGAUGUCAGUGAAGGUUCAGAAUGUGAGGCUUAUUCUAAAAGACUGAACAAAUAAAACAUGAGGGUUGAUGGUGGAGGUCUUGCCCGGGGUUCAUGUAAAUUACCUAACUAACUAACUAGUGAAAACUAAGAAGGUGGGGUUAGAUUGGGAGAGGUCACUCAAUUGGCGAAUGCAUUCCUUUAUCAACCUUUGCUGACUCCACAACCACAACACGGUUGCUUGCAAUGUACAGAAAAUGCAGACUUUCUUCUCCUUUGGAUUUUUAGCUGUGGAAAGGUUGAUUAGUUCCAGUUUAGUACA